AUGGGAGAUGAUGAAUUCCGCCGUAGAUUUCUUGGAGGACUUUCUCCAGAUAAUCAAAUGGAGGUUCGUCGCAUGGGACUUAAUAGACCUAUUGACGAAAUCUUAUCAUCUUUAGAAGAGAUUGAGAGAUUUAAAGCUGAAUUACUUUCUG